UCAGCCAUCUUUCAAUUGUGCUCCGAGCCGCCGCCAGCAGCAGCAGCAGCAGCUCCGGCUCCUCCUCGCUCCCGCCCUCCCGCCCUCCCUUCCUCCCUCCCGCACGGCAGCCGCGCUCGCCCAGCGGACGGGGUGUAAGGCAGCGACGUCGGCAGGAGCAUGGCCCGCACCAAGCAGACGGCCCGCAAGUCCACCGGCGGCAAGGCGCCCCGCAAGCAGCUGGCCACCAAAGCCGCCCGCAAGAGCGCGCCCUCUACUGGCGGGGUGAAGAAACCGCACCGCUACAGGCCGGGUACUGUGGCUCUCCGUGAAAUCAGACGCUAUCAAAAGUCUACUGAACUUUUGAUCCGCAAACUUCCCUUCCAGCGUCUGGUGCGUGAAAUUGCUCAGGACUUCAAGACAGAUCUGCGCUUCCAGAGCGCUGCCAUCGGUGCUUUGCAGGAGGCAAGUGAAGCCUACUUGGUUGGCCUGUUUGAAGAUACCAACCUGUGUGCUAUCCAUGCCAAACGUGUCACAAUCAUGCCAAAAGAUAUCCAGCUAGCACGCCGCAUACGUGGAGAGCGUGCCUAAACUUCACUAUGAUGGGUUUGUCAUUCUCGAAGCAAAAUCUUCUUCCUGUUAUUGGUAGUAAUGAACGUUAGAUAUUUUUUCCAUGGGGUUAAAAGGUACCUAAGUAUAUGGUUGCAAAUGGAAAAAUAGGGGACAGAAUUGGGUAUUUGCAAGUUUUUUUUCCAUUUUCAUUUGUGUGUGGAUUUUUAAUAUAAACGAGGGGACAUAAAACAUCAAUACGGUCAAAAAAUGUUUCAGUGAACAAGUUUCAACAAUUCAACUUUAUAAAAAAAAAAGAAAGAAACCUGUCAAAUUUUUCUGGACAAUGCCAGCAUUUGGAUUUUUUUAAACAAGUAAAUUUCUUAUCAAUGGCAACUAAAUGGUGUUUGUAGCAUUUUUAUCAUACAGUAGAUUCCAUCCAUUCACUAUACUUUUCUAACUGAGUUGUCCUACAUGCAAGUACAUGUUUUUAAUGUUGUCUGUCUUCUGUGCUGUUCCUGUAAGUUUGCUAUUAAAAUACAUUAAAUGAU